AUGACGAUGGGGUGGGGAGAGUGUGGCCCCCUCUACAUCGUACGAGACCCUCCUCAGGGUGUAUUCGGUACAGUAUCGGUCCAGUUCACAAUCACUGAUGUCAAUGGAUCUCUGUACACUGAUGACCUCACACCUUCCUCUGGCUUGUGGUACUUGAGGACGGAGUCAGAUUCAAGGACUCUAGACACCAUGAGCGUGGAGGAGAAUGGCGGUACGGUGUACCUGACAAUAUCUCGCAGUAAUGGCUUGGAGUCAGCCGUCAGUGUGGAAUGGGAGACCCGGUCAGGAACCAGCAUUUGGCAUGCUUCUGGUGUGCAGUGCCCAAUGAAGACUCUGCUUGUGGUCCUGAGGCUGCUCAGAGGUCCAGCUCAGAACCAGGCUGUGCUCUACAAAUGGCAGGGUGUCUUUGUACCUGUGGAGUUUGUCAGCAUCCAGAAUCCCAGCUCUUGUGUGGGUUUUACAGUCAAUGGCUCCAGCUAUGUGGCAGUUUCCCAUGCACACAGCAAUGUGUCAUUAACUGCCACAAUCAGUUUAUUUCGCCUUCAGGCAGACCUCAACCUCACUCAAGAGCAGACUCUUACUGUGAACAGUUUCAGCGUUAAACACUUCUCCACUGAACUCCAGCAAUAUUUGAUUGCUUCUAGUGAGAUUUUUGUGUGGGAUGGAGGCUCAUUCUCCCUUCGUCAAAGUCUUGACUUGCAAGACAUUACCACAGCCGUACCCUUCAGACGAGGCAGCAGUAAUGUACAGCACCUGGCUGUGUGCAGGAACAGAACGGCAUUGCCGUGUCUGAUAUACCAGUGGAGUAAUGGACGAUUCCAAACCCCUCAAACCUUAGAAGUCAGUGCUCGAGUCAAUCAAGUGGAAACAUUUCAGAUGGGAGGAGAUACGUUCCUCCUCAUCAUUACUGAAGGUCCAAGCUCAAAAUGUGAAGUGUUUAUGUGGGGUUCUCAGCAGAACUUCUUCCAGCAGACUCAGUCCAUCUCAUUUCCCGGCCUCUUUUCAGUCCACCCCUUUACCCCUCCUUCUGGAAUAUCUCACCUGUUGCUUGCGGGUCUAAGAGGUUCAGCACUGUACUCGUGGAGGUCAGAUCUGAGGCAGUUUGCUGAAGUACUGCAGUCUCCGUCUGCACAACAAUUCCUGUACCUUCUUGUUCCUUCUCUCAAUUCUACCAAAAGUCUUAUCGUAGCCACUGGAGAAUCAAGUUCUGUUGUAUAUGAGCUGACCUCAGUUUCCAACCAAUCUGACUUCAUCCCCAAUUCAGGAGAGCUUUUUUUCCAACCUGGUGUCCGUGAGCUAGAAAUAGCAGUGAAUGUAAUUGAUGAUGAUGUUCCUGAGGAGGAAGAACAUUUUCGUGUCAGCCUCAAGAACCCCAAAGGAGGGGCAGAAAUUGGCUUUGGUGGUCAAGUGACCUUGUUCAUUCCAGCUAAUGAUGAUGCUUAUGGAAUUAUAGGCUUUGCACAGAACUCUUUAAUGCGAGAGGUGGAUGAGUUGGAGGACAAUAACCCUGUUUCUCUGAGCAUUGAGAGGAGGAGAGGCAGGUUUGGCAGACUUACAGUACACUGGAGCGCCUUUGGUAGUCUGGAGGACAUUUUUCCCACUUCAGGAGUGGUGACAUUUUCUGAGAGCCAGGCUGUUGCUACCAUCUCACUGAAUGUAUUAGCUGAUGAUAUUCCAGAGUUAGCAGAAAAAGUCACCAUUGUCCUGACCAAGGUCAUGACGAUUGGGAUAAUACAGCCGUCCAGAGGAGCCAUGAUCGACCCUCAGCAUACCCAAGCAAACCUGACUAUUAGAGCAAAUGGUUCACCCUACGGAGUCAUUGGCUGGCAUCUCGAUUCCCAGUACUUCAUUACGCCAGAACCUCCAAAGAGCCCAAGCAACAUUACACUAAGCAUUGUGAGAGAUCAAGGAGCAUCAAGGGAUGUAUUAGUUUACUACACCACCAAAGCGGCCCUCCACCUGCCACCUGUUAAUCAGGCUAGUGAGGGAACUGACUAUGUAGCCAAAGAAGCCACAGUCAUCAUGAAAGAAAAUGCUACUGUUGUCUUGGUAUCUGUUACCAUCUUGCCGGAUGAUGUUCCUGAACUGGCUGAGGCAUUCCUUGUAAACAUCACUAGAGUUGAACUGUUGGGAGGAGACACAGGAGCAGCUCAGCCCAGUGUGAGGAGACCUGGUCUGGAGAUAGCUGAGGUCACCAUCCAAGAGAACGAUGAUCCAAGAGGAGUCCUAAGUUUUAAUGUCUCAAAGGAUGUUUCUGGGGCAGUGCUGGCAUUUGAGGUGCCAUCACCUGGAAACAUCCUUCGCUUGGCUGUCAUGCGAAUGGCCGGUAGAUCUGGGAGACUGGUGCUUUACUGGGAGGCGCAAACGGUCACAGCCAACACUGAAGAUUUUAGUCCUUCCUCUGGAAACCUUACCUUUCAAGAUGGACAGGCAGUGGCUUAUAUUGAGAUCACCAUUAUUGAUGACACAGUUGUGGAGCCCACAGAGACGUUUAUGGUGAAACUGGUUCGAGUCCUUGGAGGUGCGAGGUUGGGGGACGAGACAGCAGUGGUAGUCAGCAUCCCGGCCAAUGAUUCUCCUUUUGGUCGGUUCGGGUUUGAAGAGCUAAUGGUGUCUGUGUCUGAGCCACGGUUCCUAAAUGACCCCGCUUCUUUAGCUACACUGACCGUAGUGCGUAGCUCAGGAGGUGAAGGAGUGGUGCAUUUGAUAUGGCUUCUGCAGGAAGAGGGCAGAGAUGACCUAAGCCCUCGUAAUGGAACUCUCAUUUUUAAUGGCAUUGAGUCCAAGAAAACUCUGGUGGUUCAGGCUUUGGCCGAUGCUGUUCUGGAGGGAGAGGAAAGAUUCACUAUCCAGCUGCUCUCUCCAAAGAACGAGCCUGUCAUUGAUCCAGUCAGAGGUUUUGCUACGGUUGUAAUUCAAGCUGAUAUGGGUGCCCUGGGAACUGUAGGAAUAGCUGAUUCCAGCAGGAAUGUGUUGAUUGGCGAGCCAGGAAACAAUUACAAUGGAACAGCUCUGGUCAGUCUUGUAAGAGGUCCAGGCAUCUUUGGUGAAAUUCAGAUCUUCUGGAACAUCACCACAGCUGCAGAUACAGAGUUUGAGGAGACCUCUGGGAAAGUUGUCAUGAAAGACCGCCAGUCUGCAGCUACAAUUCAGCUGACGGCACUAGAUGAUGAGAUCCCAGAAGAAAGCCGUGUAUAUCAGCUAAGACUGAGCUCUCUAACCCCAGGCUCAGAAAUCAACCCUGACAGACAACUUGCCACCAUCACUAUGGCUGCCAGUGACCUUCCCCAUGGGCUCUUCUCCUUCUCCCAAGCCUCUUUGCGUGCCACUGAGGAGGACAGAGCUGUAAACGUGACCAUUGUUCGCUCCAUGGGCCUGUUUGGCAGCGUGUGGGUCAGUUUCCACACAGAAGGCAGAACUGCGAUCAGUGGACAGGAUUUUGGACAGUCCUCUGGUCGGCUGCUCUUCAGGCCUGGGGAGAGCUCAAGGGUCAUUACGCUGACUAUUCUCGAUGAUGACCUUCCAGAAGGACCAGAGGAGUUUUUCCUCAACAUUACACUAGUAGAGCUUCUGAAUGCCAGUUCAAUGGAUUUUACAGUGAGAGAGUACAGCCUACAGAUUGACCAGCCUCCGGCUAUUGGCAAUCUCUCCUCCCUCAUGGUGAUUAUCCAGAAAAAUGACAAUGCUGAGGGCAUCCUGGAGUUUGACCCCAAAUAUGUCAACAUCACUGUUGAGGAGGAUGUAGGAGUUCUGUCCAUCCCUGUACUGAGGCGUGUUGGAUCCUAUGGCCAGGUCACAGCAGAGUUUAUCUCCAAAGGUCUGACUGCUCAACCUUAUUCAGAUUACAUCCUGCUCAAUGGCUCCGUCACCUUUGAGCAGGGCCAAAUCCUCCGCUAUAUCAAUGUUUCCAUAGUGGAUGACACAGAGAGUGAAUUUAAUGAGAUAUUUGAGAUGCAACUCACUGGUGCCACAGGAGGUGCCAUACUUGGAGCUCAGCUAAUUGCACGAAUUACAAUUGCCAAGAGUGACUCGCCAAAUGGUGUUGUACGAUUCAUCAACCAAAGCGCCAUCACUGUUCCAAACCCAAACAGCACCCUCAGACUGACCCUGUUUGUAGAGAGAGCGGAUGGGCUGCUGGGAAACGCCACGGUAAUAUGGCAGAUUCUAGGUCCAAACUCAGAUGAGGUUUUACCAGCAGUAAACACAGACAUUGGUGAACCAGUGAACGGGACGUUCAGUUUCAGAGACGGGGAAGGGGGUGUACGCAGCAUUGAGUUGAAGAUCCUUCCUCAUGGCGAGGUGGAAGUCAUGGAGAAAUUCAUUGUCACGCUCAGUAUCCUCUCUGGAGAGAUGGGUGUUGAUCCCAGAGCCGGAUCUGUCACACUCACGAUUGAGAAGUUUGGAGACCCCAAUGGCAUAGUGCAGUUCACCGAACAGGACCUGAAAGAGCGCAUUUACAGUGAGCCUUCUGACAGCGAAGGACCCCUCAAAAUAUCCCUCCUUAUUACACGCAGAGAGGGUGUCAUGGGUAACAUCACGGUAUUCUGGGAAAUCCUCAGUGAUGCAGACACAUCAGGAGACUUUGCUGCCCUGAAGGGUUCUGUCAUUAUCCUGGCAGGACAGCGUGUGGCAGAGAUAGUCCUCACCCUGCUCCCCGACUCUGUGCCUGAGUUGGAGGAGACAUACAUCCUCCGUCUAAUCUCUGUGGAGGGCGGCGCAGAGCUGGAUGCAGACCGCAGCAGUACCCGUUUGAAGGUCCGGGCCAAUGACGAACCCCACGGGGUGUUUGUCCUUUAUUCUCAAAACCAGUCAGUGGUUGUUAACGUGGCCAACCGAAGUAGACACCUCAUUAUCAGUGUGAACAGGCUGGCAGGGGCGUUUGGCAAUGCCAGUGUGGGGUACCGAAUCGGUUUUACCACCCCUGGUCAGAGUUUUACAGAGGACACAAUCACUGGGAACAUACUGGUGAAGGACGGAGAACGGGAGGCCAACGUUAGAGUGCCAUUUAGUAGCCAGGUGUUCUUUGCGACGGGCUUUAACUUUAGCGUUGAGUUGACGGAUGUGACGCUGAUUGGACCCUUGCUUAGUUCCCCUCCCAGAAUUCAGCUGGAAGCAAAGCUGGCCACCGUUUCUGUUCCUGAAGUGGCAGCUAAUGCUGAGGUAGGAUUUGCCUCUUUGGCCCUGCGUGUCUCAGAUAUAGAGAGUGGCCAGUGUGAGGUGCUGGUGACACGGACAGGCCUGUAUGGAAACAUAACGGUCCGAUGGAGCUCUGGGUUUCCUCCUGGCCAAACUCCACCAGGCUACCAGCCAGGGGACAUCUCGCCAACAUCAGGCACAGUAAUGCUUGCCCACGGUCAGAGGAGUGAGGUGAUCUCUCUCAGUGCUGUUAAUAACAUGUCAGCUGUCACAGCACACGCUGUUUACCUGACCUCUGUAGAGUCAGAUUCACCUGGUGGAGCCCGUUUCAGGACUGGUUAUACAGUAGCUGAGGUGGAGCCUUUGGGAUUAUAUCAGUUUCGUCCUGAUUCUCGGCAGCUGGUCAUUGAGGAGGACGUGCAGACCAUCACCCUCUACGUCCAGCGCCUUUAUGGCUUCCGCAGCAACCGUUCCAGCAUCUCCUACAAGACGUGGCCCGGCACUGCUCAACCGGACAGGGACUUUGCAUCGGUAGCAGACGGACAGCUUCUGUUCGAUUCCCGCCAAGCAUCUGCUGCCAUUCGCUUGUCUAUUCUUGACGAUUCCCUAACUGAACCAGACGAGGAUUUUUACGUGAACUUAACCAGCGUGCGUGUUCUCAGUGCCAGUUUGCCUUCAGUCGAAGCUCAGCCUCGCAUUGUGUCUCAAAAUAGCAUCGCUAGAAUAACCAUCCGUGCUAACGAUGUGGUUAGUGGAUUUUUAAGUAUAGGGCCAGCAAUAAUACAGAUUUCUGAAGACAGUCAGGAGGGUGCCCCCCAAGAGAAGCUUGCCUUAAGAGUACGCAGGUCGGCAGGGCUCACAGGAGUGGUGAGUGCCAAAAUCAGAGCCUAUGCAGGACUCAGAACCCCGGAGGUGGAUGCAGCCCAGUUUCAUCGGGAGCAUAAUGGCACAUGGGCCCUGGAAGGAGAAGACUUUACCUUGGAGACCCAAACUGUCACGCUGUUGGAGGGACAGAAUGAGGUGGAGGUCAGUGUCCUCAUACUGAAUGAUCAGGAACCGGAGGGGCAAGAGGCUUUCUUAAUCUACCUCAGCGAAGCAGCAGGUGGAGCACAGAUUGUCAGCGUGCCAGAUGAACUGGGGUUCACUUCAUUUGCCAAAAUCAUUAUUCUGGGGAGUGAUCUUCAGAAUGGUAUAGUUGGCUUCAGACUGAGCUCUCAGUCCGGUCAGAUCCUGGAUGAGGACUCAGAGAACAGGACAGCAACACUCUUUCUGGAAAGACAGGAAAACAGAGCAUUUGAAGAUGUGCUGGUGUUUUGGCGGGUCACAUUUAGCGCUACAGUUCACUCGGUGGUCAGUCAUGGGGUGAAUCUGACCAGAGAGCUGCAACAGACCUCAGGCACAUCUAUCUGCAGAAAAGGAGAAGUACUCUGUGCCCUCAGGUUGGAGGUCCGGCCAGACAAGGACCCAGAGUAUGAGGUUUGGUUCCUGGUGGAGGUCUAUAAAGUGGGCGAGGGUGCCACCAUAAACCAGACUGCCCGUUUUGCCAAUGUCACCAUGGUGGAGAGUGAUGACCCCCGGGGGCUGGUCUAUUUCGCCCAAGGCUCUAGACUACCUGUGGUCACCCUCAAAGCCACAAGCGUCAGUCUUCAGGUCUACAGGGAUGCCAGUACAGCAUCAACUAUCUCUGUCAAGUACCGCAUGCAGGAGCUUCAGAAAGCUGAGUCUAUUGGACCCACUCUGAUCUGGCCUGCUGUUGCAGGGCAGGACUUUUUCCUGGCGGAGGGCAUCCUGACUUUUGAUAUUGGACAGAGAAGUGCCGGGCUGGACGUGGCUCUCACGCCCAACAUUGGUUCUUCGAACCCAACACCCAAACGUUUCCGUGUGGCUCUCUCUGAUGCCACUGGUGGUGCACGGGUUCACCCAGAAUUCGGGCUAGCUAACAUCACUCUGGUUUCAGACUCGGAGGCUCAGGCAAUAUGGGCCCUGCUGGACCAGUUACAUCAGCCUCUGGAUGAGACCAUCAUCAAUCGGGUCCUUCAAGGGCUUAUCAAUAAAGUCAGUAAGGAAAUCACUCCAGAGCAGCUAACUGCAGUGUUAGAUGCACUAAGCAAGAUUCUGAAAGACGGCGAGCAGACUCCACUUAAAGACAGCAGCCGUGGCCUGACCUAUGACCUCUUGUGUGCCAUGGCGAACCCCAGCAGAGUGGACACUCGAGGCCUGAGCCAGCUGGCGGAGGUGGCAGAACGUUUUGCCUUCAGCCUGCUCACAGACGUCGAGUGUGGGGCGGAAGGAAAGAAAGGCACAACCAUACUGGACACCUGCCCGUAUUUCACCAUAGCUGCUCACCACUGGUACCCCACUCAGAUCAACGGCCACACAUUUACAGGGACAAACUCAGACACAUUCACCCUGCCUGUGAACCUGCUGGAGGUACCAGCCCUUCCAGGAGGCAGCAUGGCCCCGUCUGCUUGCCAAAAAGUGCACUUCACUGAGUACAGUACUGAGCACUGGUUCCUCACCAACACAAAACCCAGUGCAUUAAACAAUAAGGUUUUCUCAGUCAGUCUUCAGGGCAAAGGCUCUAAGCCUCUUGUUGACAGUCAAGAGGUUGUUUACCGCAUACACACUCCUGACCGACGUGGAAAACCUCUCCAAUCUCUCUGCCUCCUGUGGAAUCAGGCUGCCGAGAGCUGGCUUUCUGAUGGUCAGUUCUGUCGUGUGGUGGACGACAGUCAGAAUUUCGUGGAGUGCGCCUGUACCCAUCUGUCCGUCUACACAGCAUAUGCAGAGACCACAAGUUUGGCUUCAUUCAAUGAGGCCUUCUAUGCUGCUGGCUUCAUUUGUAUCUCAGGGUUUGCCUUGGCCGUUGUGACUCAUGUGCUGUGCUCUAGAUUCCUAAUGUUCGCUGCCAAACUCCUCACACACAUGAUGGUGGCCUGCUUAGGGACUCAGAUUUGUUUCCUGGUGUCUGCAUUCCGUGGACGCAUGUUCUCAGAGGACAGUUGUGCUGCUCUUGGCCUCUUCUUCCAUUACUUUCACCUCAGUCAGUUCAGCUGGAUGCUCAUACAG